AAAAAACCCAAAAAUAAACUGCAAAUUAAACAAAGCAAUAAAGCAGCAGAAGCGACUAGCAGGGAGCAGCAGAAGCGACUGGGAGCAGGCAGCGACUAUGCAAAGUAUGUUGGCGCUCAACUGAAAUGAAAACUUAAAGCGAAAAACGCCAAACAGCAGCAGCACCACACAGGCGCAGUGGGGAAACUCCAGAAAAUUUAAACACAAAAGCAGAAGGAACAGAACCAAACACACAAAAAAGAAAAGAACAAAAAAAAACCAUCCUUUCCACCUACGGCGCGGCUCGGUCGCACAAAACAAUGAAAAUAAUUUCGCGUAGCAUACGUUCGGGCGCCGGUACUGGCGACCCUGCACCUUGGAGCAGGCAACAGCGCCAGCACCGCCGUUGCCGCGCACCGCACCACACAGCGCUCAAAAUGAAUUGCCCCAUUCUGAUUGUAAUUAGCCUCGGAUGGCUGCUGCACACCCACGGCGGCGGUGGGGCAGCCGAGGCCGCCAUUUCAAAUCGAGGCAGCAACAGCCGCUCGAUGAGCAACGUGCAACAGUCGGCGGCCGCACCAUCAUCGUUGACCGCAUCGUUGCCGCGUUUCCUGUCCCGUGGCCACACCUAUCGCGCCGUGGUCGGCGACACGCUCGUCCUGCCCUGCCAGGUGGAGAAUCUGGGCAAUUUCGUUCUGCUGUGGCGACGGGGAACAAAUGUGCUCACUGCCUCCAACAUAAUGGUUACCAGGGAUGAGCGCGUAAGACUGAUAGAUGGUUAUAAUUUAGAGAUAUCCGAUUUGGAGCCACAAGAUGCCGGGGAUUAUGUUUGUCAAAUCAGUGACAAAAUAAAUCGUGAUCAAGUGCACACUGUUGAGAUAUUGGUUCCGCCCAGUGUACGAGCCAUACCCACAUCCGGACAGCUGCAGGCCCGCAAGGGAGGACCCAUCACGCUGGAGUGCAAGGGAUCUGGUAAUCCGGUGCCAACCAUUUACUGGACCAAAAAGAGCGGCGCUAACAAGUCCACCGCCCGCAUUGGCGACGGACCCAUCCUGACACUGGAGAAGCUGGAACGGCAGCAGGCGGGCGUCUACCAGUGCACCGCCGACAAUGGUGUGGGCGAUCCAGUUACCGUCGACAUGCGUCUGGAUGUGCUCUAUCCACCGGAUAUACAAGUGGAAAAGUCCUGGAUACACUCGGGCGAGGGUUUCGAGGCGAAACUCGUUUGCAUUGUCUACGCUGAUCCAGUCGCAACGGUGUCCUGGUACCAAAACUCAUUUCCGAUACAAACGACCGAUAGACGAAUCAUGAACACCCGGGCCAAUCGUCACACACUCACCAUACGCCACAUCCAGCAGGAGGACUUUGGCAACUACAGCUGCGUGGCCGACAACUCUUUGGGACGAUCGCGCAAAUACAUGGAGCUAUCGGGACGUCCUGGACCCGCGGAGUUUUACUCGCCCAAGUGGGGCCGCUCGCCGGACAGCUACAAUCUGACAUGGAAAAUCGAUAGCUACCCGCCGCUGGAGGAGGUGCGUCUGCUCUAUCGCCGUGUGCUGAUGAAUGAUACCUUCCAGCAGCCGGGCAGGUGGCACGACUUUAUACUCACACCCGAACACCGACCGGCCUCGGAGCCCCUGACACACAUCAUGUCCUACACCAUUAAGAAUCUCUAUCCUGGGGCUUACUACGAGGCGAUUGUGCAGGCCAAGAAUCGCUAUGGCUGGAACGAGGUCAGCGAUAUAUUUCAAUUUAUCGUCGCCAGCAACAGCCUGGACAUUGCCCCCGAGGACGCCGAGGUGGUGGCCAGCUCCAAGUCGCGCAGCAACAGUGGAGCCAUCAGCAGCCUACAAGGCCCACUGCCCCAAUGCCUCCUGCUACACAUGGCCCUGCUGUUGGCACUGGCCUUGAGUAAUUGUCAGUACGACAGGCGUCGACUGGGCCUGGGCCUGGGCUAAGCGACACACACCCACACAGAGAUCCCAACACUAGAGCAGCA